AUGGAGGAACCGCGAGUGAUCGUCGCAUCGCUAACGACCUCGGACGCAGUCGGGGCCGGUUCCACAAGCGACGCGGGGUACUUCACCCCACCACCUUCCGUCGGCCAGGGCACGACAAGAAAAAAAUCGCCAGCAUCUCGCGGCUCUCCAUCUUACGCCGACCACGAUGGGAGCAGUAGCGAUGAUGGCAGCGGCGGCAGCAGCAUCAGAACACGAAGAAGUCGGCGGGGACCAACUCUGGCACCAGCCUUGGACUCGAGAGCCGACAGAGACCGCUCGCAGUCGGCUGAGGCUGGUGAAACACCGGAGGAGGCUGGCACCAAGCGCGGAGGCGGCCGUUGGAAAUGGACCAGCACCGCCGCAUCGCGUGCCCCUGGAAAGUUCUCUCGUGCCAAUGGCGGCGGAGGCUGUGAUGGCGAAGCGAUCCCGUCACCUCUUUCGAAACACAUGCAACAGCCGGCCGCAGUAGCAGAGCCAGAAACAUUGACUCAGGACAGCGGCAAAAGUAACAGAAGAACCCCCGACGGCCCCAAUAGCACGGGCAGUGGCGAGGGCAGCACCGCGGCGUUAGAUUCUAUCCUAGGGGGGCCAGCGGCAAGGACAACGGCGGUGGCAUCUUCAACAUCCCCGACGAAAGUGACGCCUUGGAGCUGGAAGAUGCUCGCAACGAGGACUUCGACCGCCUCCACGAGUGCGGCGUCCAUAACUUCCGCCGCGCCGGGACCGUCCUCCUCGGACGCGACCGCAGCCGGUAGCAGCGGCGGCGGUGACGGAAGCAGUGGCCGGACAGGCCGAGCUACCGCACCAAAGGAACAAGAAUCGCGGCAGUCGUUUGUUCAACCGCCGGCAGCGGCAACUACGACCGCUGGGAGGGGGGCGCGGCCCUCUUCCGUAAAACAGACCGCGGCGGCGGCGGCAGCAGCAGCGGCAGCAGGAGCAGGCAGAACCGGCGUGCACGUGGGCUAUCAGAAGAUGAGGAUUUCGUCGGGGGGUGGGAACAGGGCCAUCGCCUGUGCCGCCGAGGCUGAUGCUGACGAGGCGCUCUCCCGUCCCCCCCCCGCUCCCGGCACGUCGACCCCGCGGUACCGGGGAACCGUCCCCAACCCUGCCGUGGGCGGCACGUGCGAGAGAUCUAAGCGUGGUGAAUACGGACCGCGAAGCCCGAUGCCCCCCCCCUCCCCGGGCGGUAGCAGCGACGGGGUUGCGGCGCCGCCACUCUCCGAAGAGGGAGGGGUCACGCCUAGGCAACCGCAGGCGACAGCGACGACGCCUUCGGGGAAUGGUGCCAACGGCGCCAACGGCGUGGUCGACGUGCACCUCGCUGAAGGAGAAUUGGAGGCUGGCGGCUGGAAGCACCUGGACUCUGCCGGUGGGGGGUCUUUCGAAAUCGACUCCCGUCACAGCAGCAGCAGCAGCACCACCACCACCACCCCAAACAUCGCCACCGAAAAAAACGUGACAAGGGCGGGAGAAGAAAAACCAGAGGAGCAGAGCGGCCGAACGAGGGACGGCUUCGACUCCGGUUUCGAAGCCACCGCGGUGGCCAGGAAGAGCGACGGCGGCAUGACGGAGCGGGAGAUCAUCGCCGGCGCAGAAGUAGCCGUGGCAUCGGCCAAGAAGGAGGCCGCCGGUACGGUAGAUCGGGCGACGGCACCGGGCACCCCCCCUAAGUUUCCCGUUGAUACGGCGGAGCUCUUGUCCGACGCAGCGGCGACGGCCCCCGGGACAAAAGGCAAGGCGGGUACUAGAGGGGUCGACAGGACGGGGAAGGUUCAACUUGAGGGGACUGUGGCUGUGACGGGGGGGGGUACACGGUGCCAAUGCGUCGAGAAGGAGAGCCUUCGGGUCUCGGGGGAGGACGGAGGGUCGGUCUCACGGACUGUACGGGACGACAACUGGUGGAAGCAGAACGCGGCCAAAGCCCUCGCCAUCUCCGCCGAAAGGAAGAAUACCCCGGGGAGAAGCCGCAGCCGAAACGGCACCCCCGCGAGGAGCCGCAGCCGCACCGGCACCCCCACCCACAGCCGAAGCGCGUCCACGAGGAGGGGCGGCGUGGCGCCCCGCGACGGGAGGGGCACGCCUUCGUCUCGCAGCGGCAGUGUCGUUGGAAGGGCCAAGGGCCAGAACGGUGGUGGUGGUGGCUCGCGUUCCCGCGAGGAUGCGGGGGGUUGGCCCACCGAGGACGGGGCUGAAGGCGGCGUGGCUGGUGUCGGUGGCGGUGACGGUGGAUACCGGCGCUCCUCCUGGGGAGUGGCUCUGCCCCUCAGCGGCACCGACGACACACCUAGGGAGCACGGCGGGGCCCACGGUGCAAGGGAGAGCGGGACGGGGCGCCGCAGCCGGGAGAGCUCGGGUUGGGGGUUAAACUCUGAUGAUGGUGGGGACUGGGAGCAGCAGCGCAGAUGGAGGUCAUCGCGUGCUUCUUCCGCAAGCGGUGUUUGGUCGGAUGACGGCGUUCACGACUACGAUCAUGAUGAUACCGGUCGCAGCAACGCCAGCACGUCCAUGUACUCCGACGAAGAGGAGGACGACGAUCUGCCGUCCUCUCGGUCUUCCAUAUCCACCGGAUACGAGUCCUCGGCGAUGGGGAAAGGCAGCGAACCAAGGCAACCAGGCACCCCAGCCGGGGAGGAUCAAGAUGACGAUGUUGGCGGACACGAUCGUGGUUCCGGCAAAUAUGCUCCUCCGUCGCCUGCUUGGCCGUUGCAGCACCCGCCAGUCGGGCAAACGCCGGUGGGUCACUUGGUUUCCUUCCGAAUCUACAAGCUUGGCUAUGUAGUGGCAUUCUUCAUGCCGAGGUUACGGAUGUUGGUUGUAACAGGGAGGUACAUAAUGUGA